AUGACGGGUCACUUUCCGUUUUGGUUCGAGAGUGGCAACGCCGUAAAUUGCGUUACAACGGUCGGAUCUCUUGAAAAAGCGCCACAUGCUUGCCAGCGGGGAGCCAUUCUACAAGUGGGGCCCACCCAAUCCUCUAUUCCGCGUAAUUACCGUCGAUCCUCUCUUCUCUCUUUGACUUACCUCAACGCAAUAUCUGACACAGUUAAACAUUCGCAAGAAGAAGACUGA